AGACAUAUUUUUCCAACUAUUCUCCCCUCCAUCCUAAGCUAAGUUUCUAUUCUUCCACAUUUAAUCUUCACUCUCUCCAAUUCUGCAUCCUUUAUAGUUAAUCUCUCUCUUGGUUCUGCUACUAAACAAGAGAAAAAUGAACUACAAUCAUAGAGAAAUUCCUGUUACUGAAGGAACAAUUACUAGUACAGGCAUGCACAACAAUAUCAACAACCCUUAUGUUCAGCUUUCUCCUGCUAACCCUUCUUCUGCAGCUGCCAACCGUCCUAAUCCAAUGGAUAAAGUAAGUGGUGCAAUAAAUAAUUGUAGUAGGAAGGUUGGAGAAGCAACUAGACAUGCUGAGAACAUGGUUGACAGUAUUUGGAAUCAUGUCAGAAUGAGUUCUAGUCCAGCUGAUGCUGCAAUGGCUAGAUUAGUUCAAGGAACAAAAGUGAUUGCAAAUGGAGGGUCUGAGAAGCUAUUUCAGCAAACAUUUGGAGUGUUUUCAGGAGAGAAACUACUGAAGCAGUAUGUUUGUUACAUAUCAACAACUGCUUCAGGACCUGUAAUUGGAACACUUUAUAUAACAACUAAAAGGUUGGCAUUUUGCAGUGACUAUCCAAUGUGUCAUCAUCCAUUCUCCUUGCAGCAUCAAUGCUUGUACUAUAAGGUGGUAAUACAGCUGGGUCAGUUGGGGACAGUUACUCCUGCAACAAAUAGAUUUAACUCAAGAGAAAAAUACAUCGAGAUUUUCACAGUGGAUGGUUAUGAGUUCUUGUUUAUGGGGUUUGUGUCAUAUGACAGGGCUCUCAAAACUCUGAAUGAGGUUCUACACCAAUAUGGCAACCAUUCCAGUGGAAAUGUUAAUGGUCACCUGUUGUGAGUUGUGACAAAGCAUCUGGUCUGAAAAAUCACAUGGAACACUUUACUGUGUGCAUGGACCCACCCUUCAAUGUACCCUUACAUAGUUAUCUCCAAAAGAUACAUAAAUUGAAUAAAGAAAUAAAAGGAAUGUACCUAUACUAUUUUACUUUACAAAAAUUGCAUUUUGGAUUUUCUAUUUUACUCACA